AUGUCUACAACAACAAACGAUUCAACUGCACUUGCAGCUACAACCGCCAAGCUGAUCGACGGAAAAGAGAUCGCCACCAACGUUCGCAAGACCAUCAAGGAGGACGUCGAGAAGCUCAUUAAAGAUGGAAAGAGAGCACCAGGAUUGGUUGUCAUCUUGGUCGGUGAUCGUCCAGACUCUCACACAUACGUCAGAAGCAAGAAGAAGACAGCAUCUGACCUUGGAUUCGUGUCAAUUGACUGCAUCCUGCCUGCUAGCACAUCACAAGAGGAGGUCAUCGAGAUCGUCCGAAAGUAUAAUAACUCUGAUGAGGUGGAUGGUAUCCUGGUCCAGCUGCCAUUGCCAUCGCACAUCAAUGAGGAAUCCGUGCUCAACGAGAUCGAUAUCACAAAGGAUGUUGAUGGCUUCCAUCCAGUCAACAUUGGCAAGCUGUCAAUGAGAAACAGAAAGUCCCUGUUUGAGCCUUGCACUCCAAAGGGAUGCAUUGAACUGCUCAUUCGCUCGGGUGUGCAAAUCGAGGGCAAGAACGCCGUUGUCUUGGGCAGGUCAAACAUCGUCGGACUGCCAGUGGCCAUGAUGUUGAUGAACCGCAAUGCCACCGUCACCAUCUGUCACUCAAAGACCGCCAACCUGCAGCAGGUUGUGUCUCAAGCUGACAUCCUGGUGGUUGCCAUCGGUGUGGCCCGCAUGGUCAAGGCUGACUGGGUGAAGCCAGGUGCCAUUGUCAUUGACGUCGGUAUGAACACUGUCGAUGGCAAGCUGUGUGGUGAUGUUGACUUUGCCCAAGUCAAGGAGGUUGCCAGCCAAAUCACUCCAGUUCCAGGAGGUGUUGGACCAAUGACCAUCGCCAUGCUUUUGAACAAUACUUUGAUCAGUGCCAAGAGAAGACAAGGUCUUGAUAUUUAA